AUGCCAACGGAAAAAGGGACAUUGCGCUACCCCCCCCAUCCCCCCCUCCUCCCCCACCCCCGCAUCGCCUCCCCAUUGCCACCCGUCCUUUACAUAUCACCCACGCGUCGCGUCCCAGUUCCCUUCCCAUCGCCUUCUCAUCCCCAUCCCCUCGCCUCCCCGUCCCAAUCUCGUCGCUUCCCGUCCCGUCCUCGCCUCCUCCCAUCCCCUCCCUGUCACUUCCCCUCCUUAUCGCCUCUCUGUCCCCAUCCUGUCGCCUUCCCGUCCCCUUCUCGUCACCUCCCCGUCCCCUUCCGGUCACCUCUCAAUUCCCUUCCCGUUGCCUCCCCAUCCUCAUCGCGUCGCCUCCCUCUCCCCAUCCCGUCGCCCCCUCGUCCCCUCCCCGCCUUCUUCCCGUCCCCUCCCCAUCACUUCCCCCUCGCAUCGCGUCCCCGUCCCCAUCCCUUCGCCUUUGAGUCCCCUUCCCUUUGCCUGCCCGUCCCCAUCCUGUUGCCUCCCCGUCCCCUACCCACCACCUUCUUGUCCCCUCCCCAUCACUUCCCCAUUCCACCACCUCCCCAUCUCCCCCCUCGUCCCAACCUACCACCAGCCGCCAUACCUUCAACCCGUACCCAAGCCACGCACCUUGGAACCUCCCAGUACCACAUUCAACCUCACUAA